AACGCAAAGCGGUAUGCGAAGGCGACUGGUCACAUAAGGCUCUCUGCUGUGAUGUCAUCUGCCGGAAGAUGUAAAGUGGCAGACGAUGCAGGUUUAGACUAUUGCAGUGAAAGGCGUUUGACAGCUUGUUGUAAUAAAGGAAAUGGGAGCGAACGAAGCGAUAGCAUUACUCAUUUCCAAAAUACCAUAUACUGCGCCGUCCCUGAAAUAAGUGGUUUUAGAGAAAAUGGUUCCCAGUUCCACGACUGGUUCGUAACAGAAAGCCUCAUUUUUAAAUUCCAAACAUAAUACUGAGAGCAUCGACCUCGCUGGUUUGGCCAUGAAUCCGGCGGAACAAACGGUUACUUGGCUCAUUACGCUCGGGGUUUUGGAAUCGCCGAAAAAGACUAUUUCGGACCCCGAAGGAUUUCUGCAGUCCUCGUUAAAGGAUGGGGUCGUCCUGUGCAGGUUACUGGAACGGCUGCGUCCAGGCACUACCGAUAAAAUCUUCCAAGAUCCCAAGAAUGACAGCGAGAGCUUGAGCAAUAUCACACAGUUUCUCAAGGGUUGCGCAGUGUUCCGCGUCGAGCCAUUUGAGGUUGGUGACCUGCUUCAGGGCCACAACUUCAGCAAGGUCCUCAGUACACUGGUAGCCCUCAAUAAAGUGACUGCAGAUAUUGGCAUUGGCAGUGACUCUGUAUGUAUGCGUCACUCGUCCGCCCACCGGAUCAAGUCCUUCGAAUCUUUGGCCUCCCAGUCCUCACUGGGUCGAUCUUCUAAAUUACUCCUUAACCAGUUCCGCAGCCUGGAUAUGACGGAGAACAGCAACACUCAGUUAGUGGUAAAAGCUCGCUUCAACUUCCAGCACACUAAUGAGGAUGAGCUUUCUUUCAACAAGGGUGACAUCAUCAAUGUCACUCGCACAGAAGAAGGGGGUUGGUGGGAAGGAACUUGCAACGGCAAGACAGGCUGGUUUCCAAGCAAUUAUGUCAAAGAGAUCAAAGGUUUUGAUAAACCAGUGUCCCCUAAAUCUGGAGCUCUUAAAAGCCCUCCCAAAGGUUUUGAUACCACAGCCAUCAGUAAGACCUACUACAAUUUGGUGCUACAGAACAUUUUAGAAACUGAAACAGAGUAUUCAAAGGACCUCCAAAACCUUUUGUCCAACUACCUGAGACCACUUCAGAUGACAGAGAAACUAAGCACAUCAGACGUCAGUGUCAUCCUCGGGAACCUGGAGGAAAUCAGCACUUUCCAGCAGACUUUGGUCCAAUCGCUGGAGGACUGCACCAAACUUCCAGAGCUGCAGCAGAAGGUGGGAUGGUUUUUCCUGAAUCUCAUGCCCCAGAUGAGGUCUCUAUAUGUGUCGUACUGCUCCAACCACCCCUCAGCAGUCGGUAUUCUCACUGAGCACAGUGAGGAACUUGGGGAGUUCAUGGAGGGGAGAGGCGCAACCAUUCCAGGUAUUCUGACUCUGACCUCUGGCCUCAGCAAGCCCUUCAUGAGACUGGACAAAUAUCCCACAUUGCUAAAAGAACUGGAGAGACACAUGGAGGAGGUUCAUCCAGACAGAACAGAAAUCCAGAAGUGUAUGACGGCAUUCAAGAAUCUCUCUGCACAAUGUCAGGAGGUGCGGAAACGCAAGGAGCUCGAGCUGCAGAUCCUGACUGAGACGAUUCGGCUCUGGGAGGGGGAGGACAUCAAGACCCUGGGUUCUGUGCUGUAUAUGAGCCAGGCCAUGGUCCAGAACCUCGGCUGUGAGGAGAGGCAUGAGCGUUAUCUUAUGCUGUUCCCUCAUGUGCUGCUCAUCCUGUCUGCCAGUCCAAGGAUGAGUGGCUUCAUCUACCAGGGCAAGCUACCUUUGAGUGGGAUGACGAUGACCCCAUUAGAAGACUGUGAAAGCCAUCAAAAUUCUUUUGAGCUCUCGGGCACCAUGUUUGAGAGGCAUCUGGUGAUCUGCUAUAACAAACAGGAUCUACAGGACUGGCUCGAGCACCUCAACCGACAGACCAAGCACACCACCAUGGCGGCUCCCAGCAUGAAACCACUCACUGUCCCCUGCCACACACUCCCUUCUCACACUCUGACACCAUCCAGACAUGCAGAAAGCCGUGGCCUGACAGUCGCUCCUGCCUACCACACCCUCCCACACCCCUCCUCUCAUGGGGCCCCUCACAGCACCAUGAUGUGGGGCCCCCUGGAGCCUCCCAAAACCCAGAAACCCUGGAGCCUGAGCUGCCUGCGUCCAGCACCCCCACUGAGACCCUCAGCUGCUCUCUGCUAUAAAGAGGACCUCAGUAAAAGUCCCAAGACUAUGAAAAAGCUGCUGCCUAAAAGAAAGCCAGAGAGGAAGCCAUCCGAUGAAGAGUUUGCACUGAGGAAGAGUACUGUAGCUCUGGAGGAGGAUGCUCAGAUUUUGAAAGUGAUUGAGGCUUACUGCACGAGUGCCAAAACCAGACAGACUCUGAACUCAACAUGGCAAGGGACUGACCUCAUGCAUAACCACGUUUUGGAUCAAUCCAGCGUGGACUCUCUGGGCCGCCGUAGCAGUAUCUCAAAGCCGGAGGGCACCUCGGAUCUCUCAGAGGACUCUGACUAUGACAGUAUAUGGACGGCCCACAGUUACAGGAUGGGCUCUGUAUCCCGGCAGUGGAAAGAUGUCGGUCCAGCACUGAUAGUUCCUGGGGAGGAGAAGUUCAGUGUAGACGAGUUGAAGAGUAAUGGUCAAAGUCUGCUCGGGGAGAAGAGCCUUGUGGAUGUUGUUUAUGCUCUGAGAAAUGAGGUACAAGAACUUAAACAGGACAAAAAAAAAAUGAAGAGAUCUCUGGAAGAAGAACAGAGAGCCCGGAAAGAUCUGGAGAGGAUAGUUCGAAAAAUCCUAAACAAAAUGAACGACCCGUCCUGGGAUGAGACCAACUUAUGAUAUCAGUGUGGCCAGUUUACACUUUUUUGUUCUGUUACACUAGUAGUUAAAAAUUAUUUCACCCAGUUCAGCAUAUCACAUAUGUUUUCUUUCCUUAAAAGCAACACAUAUGUUGUAAUACAGUAGUGGGUAUGAGUCUGUAGUUACCUUAACUGGCUCAUUUCAACGAUCAAACGUACUCUAUGCAUCUCCACCAAGCAGGUGCUUUUAAACUAUGUUCUAGUUUAUGGAAUUUAGAAAAAUCUGACAACCACUAAUUUAUAUUUGAACAGUCAUGACAUCAGACUGUUGCUUUGAAGUCUUCGCAUCCAUGAAAGACUUUUGCCAUGAGUGUUUCCUGUGUCUGUCUUGGAGGAAGGGCAUCACCUUUCUGCAAGUUUGUCUUUCACCUGGUGUUAAGGUGUGAGACAGGUAGUACCUCACUUUUCACAUGUAACUGAUGUUGAGAUUGUGACCAUCUUACGGCUUGACCUGUAUUUCAACAAAUUACAUUUGAAAAAAGGUAAUUUUAAAUCCUCUUUUAUGGUUACAUUUCAGUUUUAAUGAGAAAUUUUAUCACGAUAUACUCAAAUUAAGAUACUGAAUCUGUGAAUAUUUCAAUGAUGUGAAGUUUUCAUUAUUUUUAAUUGUUGUUUACAAAUUACUCAAAUUUUGAUACUUAAAGAAUAAUUGAACUGUGGGUACGUUUGUUUUUAGCAACAGUCACAUUGUAUGUUGAAUGAGGAACACAACAUUAAGGUCAUAGGUGUAUGCUUAUGUGUUGUUAUGCUGGGUACAUAACUUGUUUUAGGUGCCAUUGCCAGGCUGUGACAGGACCUUCUGCAUACCUGUCAUACCUGUAAAUACAAACAAACAACCACACAGACUUUAUGACUGUAAAGACUUCUUUGACCAAAGCAAAUGCCAAACUCUUAUUUAUGGGCUUAACUGUCUUUGAAUUCUUACUGUAAUGGACUGUUACUCUUACAGAACACUUGAAGAAUAGCCUCAUCUGAACUCACACAGGAUAUUUAUUAUGGAGUGUUCUUUACCUCAUCCCAGAUCCAUGUGACUAAAUUUAUUCUGUAAAUAAAAAGCAUUCUUUGCUAGUUGUGUCUAUACCUGAGUGGCAUCAGUUGGGCAAUGCCAAUUAUUCAAAAUGUGUA